CUUAAUAUGUUACAUAAAAUUUUCAAAUUUUAAUGGAAUUCUUGUAAAGUUGAGUGUGACGAGUUACAAAUAUUGAAUUUUCUUUUUUAGUUUUCUUUUUCUGUGAUCGUUAUAAAAAGAUGGUGAGGUCAUUUCCCACAAAUCAUACAUUUAAUAUGAAUACUUGCUGAGAACAAAGCAAUAAUAAUAAUCCAUGGCAUUGAAGAACUCCAUCCUCAUUCUUUUCCAAAUUUUCCUUUGUUUUGAACUACCAUUACUACUACAUUCUACCAAAGCACAAUCAUGGAUUAGAGCAGGGUAUUGGAGGUAUGAUUCUGAUCUCCCCAGUUCAGAAAUAGAUUCAACUCUCUUUACUCACCUCAUUUAUGCUUUUGCUGAUCUAAACUCUUCUUCAUUUGAGCUCUCCAUUGCUUCUUCAACUGAAGAAAAAAUUUCCACUUUCACAGAAACUGUAAAGAAAAAGAACCCUUUGAUAACAACACUUCUCUCCAUUGGAGGAGGGAAUACCAACUUCUCAGAAAUGGUGAGCAGUUCAUCUCACAGAAAGUCUUUCAUUGACUCUUCUAUAAAAGUUGCCAGGCUUUAUGGUUUUCAAGGCCUUGAUUUUUCUUGGCAUUUGGCCAGAACAAGCUUAGACAUGAGAAACAUGGGAACUUUCUUCCAAGAGUGGCGAAAUGCUGCAAGUUCUGAGCCAAGAAACUCUUGUGAUCAUAGGGAAUUGAUACUAACUUCUUCUUGUGAUUACGCACCUAGUGAUGAAGAGAAUUCUUGUCCAGUGGAUUCAAUCAACAGAUAUUUAGAUUGGAUAUACCUUUUGGCCUAUGACUACCAUACACCUCUAGAGGAAAACAUUACUGGCGCUCAUGCUGCGCUAUAUGAUCGUUCGAGCAAUAAGGACACGGCUUAUGGUAUAUUGGUUUGGAGAACCAGAUGCCUUUCUUCUUCCAAAAUGGUUAUGGCAUUGCCAUAUUAUGGCUAUGCUUGGACACUGUUAAAUCCUGCAGAUAACGGUGUUGGAGCACCGGCAACAGGUCCUGCUGUAACGCAAGAUGGAUUAAUGAGUUACAAACAGAUUAAAAGUGUCGUUAAAAACAAUUCAGCUGAAGUGAAAUACAACUCUACUUAUGUGGUAAAUUACUGCUCAUAUGGAUCGACUUGGAUCGGUUUUGAUGAUGUUAAAGCUGUUAAACAGAAAAUUUCUCAUGCCAAGAAAACACAAUUACGCGGCUAUGUUGCAUGGCAUGUGGCUAAUGAUGACAAUUGGAUGCUUUCUUCUGCUGCUAAAGAAGAAGGGAGCAAGAAAAAACACAAGGCAAGAAUGUUGUUAACAAUUUUGUUACCAACAGCUACAGUUAUUUUGCUAAUAGGUGCCUUGAUGUAUUAUUGCUUACUACGCAGAAAGCACAUUUUAAAUGCUAAAGUACCAAACUCUAGAGAAACAUUUGCAGCAACUUCUGGAGAUUUUCAAAGAAAUGAUCAUAAUCUGAAGGUCUAUAGCCUUGAAAAGUUAGAGGCUGCAACAAAAGGAUUUUCAAUCGAAAAUAAGCUCGGUGAAGGUGGAUAUGGUCCUGUUUACAAGGGUGUAUUAUCACAUGGACAAGAAAUAGCUGUGAAAAAACUGUCAACUACAUCAACACAAGGAUAUGAGGAGUUCAGGAAUGAAGUUGAACUUACAGCGAAACUUCAACAUGUUAAUCUUGUUCGGGUUUUGGGAUUCUGCAUUGAACAUGAAGAACAAAUGCUGAUCUACGAGUACAUGCGAAAUAAAAGCUUGGACUUGUACCUUUUUGAUCCUUUGAGAAGGUUUUCUUUGAAUUGGAGAAAACGUGUAGACAUCAUUGAAGGGGUUACUCAAGGGCUUCUUUAUCUCCAAGAAUACUCAAGAUUGACAAUUAUACAUCGAGACUUGAAGUCUAGCAAUAUAUUACUUGAUGAUGAGAUGAAACCUAAGAUAUCAGAUUUCGGUAUGGCUAGAAUUUUCACUAAAGAUGUACAAGAAGCAAACACAGGCCGGAUCGUUGGAACAUAUGGUUACAUUUCUCCUGAGUAUGUUAAGGAAGGUUUAUAUUCCACAAAAACUGAUGUUUAUAGCUUUGGAGUUCUUGUUCUACAGAUAAUAAGUGGCAAGAGAAAUGCUUAUUAUUACGGCUCAAAUGAGAAUAUGAACUUCCUAGAAUAUGCAUAUGAAGUGUGGAAAGAAGGGAAACAAAUGGAGUUCAUGGAUCCUUCACUUGAUGAUACACACUCAUCAUGCAAGGUGAUGAAAUGUAUGCAAAUAGCACUGUUAUGUGUCCAAGAAGAGGCAAACGACAGGCCGUCCAUGUUGGAAGUUUCCUCGAUGCUAAGGAGCGAAACUGCUGCAAUGGCAGUUCCCAAAAUGCCUGCUUUUUCAAGAAUAAUUGAAGAUCAUCAUGGAAAUUAUGCUUUAUCACGUCCAAAUACUUCUUCUGUCAAUAAUGCAACAGUCACUGAGCUGGUACCCCGGUGAUAGAUUAGCCACAGAAGCAUGUACAUAGGGCCGGCCUUAAGUUAAAAUGAGAUAUAGGCAAAAAAAA